CAAAAUCACUUCAUCUUAGUAUUAGCUAACCAAACGCGAUGCACCAGAUUACUCUCUCUCCGAUCACCCUCGCCAAACUCCUCCUCCUCCUCUUCUUCUUCUUCCUAUUCUCCGGCGAAUCCACGGCCACCGGAGAUUCACUUCCCGACUCCUGCAACAACACGACUUUCAACUGCGGCCACCUCCGAAACAUCUCUCACCCCUUCAGCGGCGGCAACCGUCCCGAUCACUGCGGUCUGCCGCAGUUCCGACUCACCUGCGUCAACGAUUCCACCGAGCUGACAAUCAACUCGGUCAAGUACCGAGUCCUCCGACUCAACUCGUCCGAGCAAACUCUCUCGCUGGCUCGGUCAGACCUCUGGAACAAAACCUGCACCCGCGAAUUCGUAAACACCACGUUCGAAGACACCGCGUUCAGCUCCGGCGCCGACAACGUGGAUCUGAGACUGGCGUACGAGUGCCGUAACGUUGAGGCUGACAAGAAGCCGCUGAAUAUGCAGUUCGAGUGUGAGGAUCACGCGCCAGCGUUCUUCUUGGUUGGACCGGUUGAGUUCGAUCUACUUCUGGGAAACAUAACGUGCGAUGAGGUUGUUAGGGUUCCGAUGAUGGAGUCGUCGGGGAAGGCACUGUUGAGUAAUCCAUCGUCGCUUGCGGAAGCUCUGAUGAUGGGCUUUAACGUCAAUUACACCAUUCCCAUGCCACCAGGGCCACCAUCAAAACAAAUUCCAAUCGCUAUAGGUAUAGUUGUGGCCACUGUGUCCAUUAUAAUACUCUUCACAAUGAUUCUAUGUUACCAUAAAAGAGAACAAUGGGUACUUAAUUGGAUAAAAGAGAAAAAGGAAGAGUUGGAUGUGGAGGCAUCCAUAAGGAAUCAUGGAUCAAUUGCCCCAAAAAGAUAUAGUUAUGCCACUAUUAAGAAAAUGACAAACUCAUUUACACAAGAAAUAGGUAAAGGCGGUUUCGGAGUUGUAUUCAAGGGAACACUACCUGAUGAUGGACGUCUUGUGGCAGUAAAAAUGUUGAAUUCAUCAAAGAGCAAUGGCGAAGAUUUUAUCAAUGAAGUUGUUACUAUUGGUAGAACUUCUCAUGUUAAUAUAGUAACUCUUAUUGGAUUUUGCUACGAAAGGAAGAAAAGAGCUCUCGUUUAUGAAUACAUGCCAAAUGGAUCGUUGGAUAACUUUAUUUUCAACAAAGAAGCUUCAGGUGAAGAAAAUAAUCGUCUAGAAAGGAAGACAUUGUACCAGAUCGCCAUAGGCAUUGCGAAAGGAUUGGAAUACUUACAUUGUGGUUGCAAUACACGGAUUUUGCAUUUUGAUAUAAAACCUCAAAACAUUCUUUUAGAUGAAGACUUUUGCCCUAAAAUUUCUGAUUUUGGACUUGCCAAGCUUUCGAUGAAGAAGCAUGAGAGCAUUGUGUCGAUGGUCGGAGCUAGAGGUACUAUAGGAUACAUUGCACCCGAGGUGAUCACUCGAGGCUACGGUGGAGUGUCUCACAAAUCCGAUGUUUAUAGUUUUGGAAUGUUGGUUCUCGAAAUGGUUGGAGGUAGAAAUAAUUACGAUGUUGCAGCUUCUCGUACCAGCGAAAUAUAUUAUCCGAAUAUAAUGUAUAAGGAUUUGGAAAUAGAAAAUAAUGAAGCAAGUAUUAUGAGAAACAUGACUGAAUUAGAAAAAGAAAUGGCAAAGAAGAUGAUAUUAGCUAGUUUUUGGUGCAUUCAAACAAAUCCGGCAGAUCGACCAUCUAUGAGUAAAGUAGUAGAGAUGUUAGAAGGAAGUCUACAAUCCAUAGAGAUUCCACCAAAGCCUUCAAUCAUGUUUUCUCCUUCAAGGUCUCCAUAACUAUCCACUUCACUUUCAAUGUAAAAGUUUUCUAGUAUGGACUUAUAAAAAAUUAAAAAUAUCUAUUACUUAUAUUUAAGAGAUAGUCAAAAUAUGUUAUUGACUUUUUAUUUAUUUAUUUUUUUUGUCA